AUGGUUAAGAGCGAAGAGCCAUUUCAACCUUUAACUAUGGCAAGAGCUCCACUUAAAUCAUCAUUCAGCAUCAGCUCUAUUUUACCGGAAACAGCGUCUCGAGCUCCGAGUCCUAAUUAUCCAGUUACUACGACAUUUACGACAACCUCGUCUCCCGUCAAUUCUGAUCUCCCAUCUCCUUCGGAUGCAGAACAUCCUUUAGCAUCAGCUUUGAAUUAUUCAAAUAAUAAUAGGAUGAUUACACGUCGUCAAGAAGAAGAAGAUUCAACGUCGGAAAUCGGUAGUAGCGAAUCGGAUUCGGAUUUGGACGUGACGGGCGGCGGAACUCCGCCGCCGUUAGAUUGUUCUAAUAGAAAUUCAUCGCAAACGGAAGCGGAACUUGAUGAAAGUGAAGUUUUAGCAAAAAUCGAAUCGGAAAAAGACGAUAAAAAUGGUGAAAAAAAGAAAAAUGAAAAACCACCGUAUUCGUAUAACGCGUUGAUAAUGAUGGCGAUAAGACAAAGUCCGGAAAAACGUUUAACGUUAAAUGGAAUUUACGAAUUUAUAAUGAAAAAUUUUCCUUAUUAUCGGGAAAACAAACAAGGUUGGCAAAAUUCAAUAAGACAUAAUUUAAGUUUAAAUAAGUGUUUCGUGAAAGUUCCGAGACAUUACGACGAUCCGGGUAAAGGUAAUUAUUGGAUGUUAGAUCCAUCGAGCGAAGAUGUUUUCAUUGGUGGAACGACAGGAAAAUUAAGAAGACGUUCGACGGCAGCUAGCAGAAGUCGAUUGGCAGCAUUCAAAAGAACGGUUGUUUUAGGAGCGGCAGCAGGAUUAUAUUCGAGCGGAUUGGGACCAGCUGGUUCUGGAGGACCAUAUCCAUGGGGUAUAUCGCAACUAUCGCAAUUAUAUUACAAUCCGAUGUACCGAUAUCCUCCCGGUUAUCCAUAUUCCGGAUUGAUGCCUCCCGGAAUAUCAAAACCGACACCGAUAUCGAGCGGUGCUUUUUCUAUGGAAAGACUACUUGCAGAAGGUCCAGCCAAUUACAAUCAAUUCCGUCCCGGACUAAACACCGGUCAUCCAGUCUUUCAAAAUAAUUCAUCGGGGUCAACGACAACGUCGGCGGCGACGACGCCAACAACUCCUUACGAUUUUUACAACACACUGAGAACGAUAGCAGCAGCAAAUUCUACAAAUACGGCAAUGCAAAAUCACAUAUUGCAACAACACCAAUUAGCCGUUGCGGCGGCGGCAAAUCUUGCAAAUCAGUCUUCUGCAAAUACCGCAUCCUCCAGUUGCAGUUCUAGUCCAGAACCCGUGAGGUCACCAAAAUCCUCCGGACCGUCACCUCCGCAAAAGAAUUCUCAACCGUCAGUAUUUAAGCCAAUUAUCCUGGCCAGGCCGUCUAGUUGA